GACUUUGUAGAGCCCCUGAUUUCUGUUCCAGAGCACAAGCCGUUGAUGCCAGUGAAGGACCACUCUGUUCAGAACAACCCUGAUGCUACAAAAGAGACCAAUUUUAAGUCAUUGCUGGAACAACUUGAGAGUUUACGGGUGAAAGACGAUUCUUCUCCAGAGCACAGGCCUUUGAUGCCAGUGAAGGACCACCCUGUUCAGGACAUCCCCAAUGUUGCAAAAUGGACCAAAAUGGUGCAAGUGGACCAGAUGCUGGAACAACUUCAGAGGAUGAAAGAUGAUACUUUCCCAGGUAAAGCUAAAGUCUCACAGAUGAUUGUGGAGAAACUUAUUCCUUAUCUACAGGCUUACAAGCAAAAAGCAUUGCAAGGUGACAACAACAUCUUCAAAGAAAAUCAUCAGGCUCCAGCUCCAAAAGCUCAGAAGAGCACCCUGAAGAUCAAACCCAGAGUCAACAUAUUGACUGACCCUUCUUACUCCGAGCCACUUGUGAAGGUGAACCUGAUUUUGGGGCUUGUUUUCUAUGGCUUCAUCGUAAUAGUGGUUCUCUAUGAUGCUGUGAGAAUCUCCAAGGAGGCUAGAAGGCGAUCUGAUGCUAUUGCCACUGCCAGGUUGAAGAAAAGGGAACCAGCCACCGCUGAACCACAGACACUGGCAUCCAGAGUUCGGGAGAGCAUCUCUUCACGGUUUGGUUUGAAACAAGCAUCAUCCACACCACAGUGUGCCCCCAUUUCUGACGAUUCUGCAAAAGAGUUGCAGAAGUCAAAGGAGUUCAUCUCCACUAAGGACAAAUCUGAGUCGGAAAAGAGACCUGGAAAGAGUGCUGUCAGCCUGAGAGAGUGUGAGCCGCCUCUGCCUAGCAUCCCAGAUAACUUCCUUGUGCCUGACUCUGAGCCUGCCAUCCAGGUGGCAUUGAACCCAUUCGACACCAAGCUAGCCAAAGUUGUAUCUGACAAUGCUGAGGCAUCCAACUACGAGGCAACCGAGAAGCCCUGCUACACACAGUCUGGGCUCACUGAGGUUUGCGUCAAUUAAGACUGAGGACUACUUCUUAAACCAAGUGAUAUUGAAUAAAAGCUGCAGAUAUUACAUCUCCAAAUGAGAUCACAUGGAGACUGUCACCUUUGAAGACUUCCAUUUUCUGUUUGUAAUUUAAUUUCUUUAGAAUAGUAAUAAAAAUAUAUUGCAUUUAAAACAUAUGUUUCAAGUUAUUUUUG